AACCGCUCUUGUUGUUGUUGUACCUGUUAUCGCUAAAGAAAAAGUAGUAGCUAUUUUUUUAUAUUUUGAAUUAAAAUUUCGCUUGUGUUUUCCCCAAUUUUUUUUUUGUUUUGUUCUUUUUCCUGGGUUUAAUGAGGACCUGAUUAUAUUUAUGGUUUGGCGGAGAUAGCCUUGCCGACCGCUAGCAAGCGCAGAUCAUAGUCGGCUGCUUUUUUAUCCGUUUACGGAAAUGUGGGAAAUGCCGGCGCACAGCUUGCGCCUUACGCUCCUCUUUUGUUGGGUGCCCCCCUUCCCUACAGGAGCGCCGUGCUGUCAGUUCAGACCAAAUCCAAGACCGCGUCGGCGAAUUGCAAGGAGCACCGCCCGGAAAUUUUUGCUUUUCAAGCGCUGCGCUCAUGUUCUUUGCACUGGAUUUGGAUGGAAAGGAGCGCCACUCACUCUUAUAGGUCUCCGAAUGUCGAAGGCAUAGUACUACUAUGCCUUCGACAUUCGGAGACCUAUAAGAGUGAGUUCUCAUCCACCGGAUAAGAUGAGUAUCCGCCGGCCGGAUACCGCCGGCGAUGUGGUUGAGUUCUCAUCCGGCCGGUGGCCGGAUGAGAACUCAACCGCGAAGUUCCAGCUUUAGUUUGUUACCUCACUCUAAGCAAAAGUCAUGUUACGGAUCGCAUUUUCGGAGGUGGUAG